AUGGAAGCACUGACUAACUAUGCGGCUAUUCUAGUGGCAGUAGUAGUGACGAAAAUUGAUCCAGAUCACCCUUAUUUUCUGCAUCCUUCUGAUUCUCCUGGAAUGUGUUUGAUUUCUCCUCCUUUUGAUGGAACUGGAUAUGGAAGUUGGAGAAAAUCAGUAUUGAUUGCUUUAUCAGCCAAAAGCAAACUAGGUUUUAUUGAUGAAAGCUUACCCAGACCUAAAGAGGACUCACCAGAUCUGAAAAAGAAACUUGAAGUCAAGGUCAAGAAAAUUAGAUCUGAUAAUGCUUUUGAAUUAGGCAGUAGCAUUGAAGCCAUAGCUUAUCUUUCUCCCAAAGGAAUUCUUCACCAUACAACUUCUGUUGGUACUCCUCAACAAAAUGGUGUUGUUGAGAGAAAAUACAAGUAUCUCAUGGAAACAUGUAGAGCUCUUCUCUUUCAUUCUAAAGUUCCUAUUUGUUAUUGGGGUGAAUGUCUCUUUACUGCCACUUUCCUCAUCAAUAGAUUUCCAAAUAAACUCCUUCAUUAUAAAUCUCUUUAUGAAGUGCUUUUUCACAAAGCACCUGAUUAUACUUUCCUUAGAAGUUUUGGUUGUCUAUGUUUUGCCUCUACUUUGCCUCAUCAUAGAGACAAACUUGAUCCUAGAGCAACCAUUUGUGUCUUUCUUGGAUAUCCUACUGGCAAAAAGGGGUACAAGUUAUUAAACCUACAAACUAAAGCCAUUUUCAUUUCUAGAAAUGUUAUUUUUCAUGAAUCAGUUUUUCCUUUUACCAGCUCUCACACUAAUUUUUCUUCUCUAUUUCCUACCCCUUCUAAUACUGAUUUUUCAAUAUAUGAUGAUUCAUCACCUGCUCCUAAUUCUUCUUCUGUUCCUCUUGUUCCCUCUCAUGUUUUCUCUCCUAGUCCUCAAGAACAGACUUCUGUUCCUCCUUCACCUUUUGUUUCCUAUCCUUUAACUCACCACAGUCCUAGUUCUAAUUCAUCAUCUCCUGCUUCUCCUAGUUAUUCUUCCACUACUCCCACUACUUCUACUAAUUCUGUUUCCCCUCCAAAUACUGUCUCUUCACCUACUUUCAUCACUAAUGAUUGUGUCUUGCGUAGUUCUUUAAGAGAACACAAUGCACCUACCUAUUUGUCUGACUAUGUUUGUGGGGUAGUGUAUUUAGCUGAUGUUUCUACCUCCUGUUUUCUUUCACCUAUCUCUCCUUCUAUUAUUUCUACUAAUACACUCUCUAUACCUAACCAAAACCUUCUAAAUUGCCUCCCCCACAUCCAUGAACCUUCUAGCUAUUCUCAGGUAGCAUUUGACCCUGGUUGGCAAGAAGCAAUGGCCAAAGAACUUGAUGCCUAA